AUGGGGUUCCAAACAUUUCCAAGAAACCAAACUAAAUGGGGUAGAACAGAUUGGUCUCGACCAUCGUAUUCAGCAUCAUCCACCACAACUAUGGUAGAAGAAGCACCCGAAGCAAAACCGGCAGCGACAGUAGAAACACACAUCUCACAACCUCGGUUCAGUGUCUUUGGAAAGAAGGCCAAGUUUACCGAAAUCAACAAGAAAUCAUUAAAGCAGGAUACAGAUGCCAUUGAAGCAAACAAAGCAGCAUCAGCAGCAGCAUCAGCAGGAACUGAAGCCAAUGUGAAUGCCAUGGAUACAACAGCAACAACAGCAACAACAACAACAACAGCAACAACAACAACAGCAACAACAGCAACAGCAACAGCAACAGCAGCAGCAGAACCCAAGAUGGCAACAGUAAAGAAGAACAAGUUUGAACUCCAUCUUUCGACGAAAUCAUCAGCCAACUACAAAUUUCAGCAACAAAUGGACACAGAUACGUCAAGCCCACCCAGCCCAACUAUAUCCAUACAAAGCAAAAAGAAGCCAAGCGUCAAAUUCAAUCCCAUCUUUCUAGAGAGAGUGUGUUUAUUCCUCGAAGCACAAUCACCAUGUGAAUUGAAGGAAGCGCAUGACAAGCAUCAGCAAAAUCCUCCAUUUCGCAUCAUCUGUCCACACUGGCCAUCUCCACAAGAAACCACCGAUUAUUACUCUAAAAAUAUCCUGCUCAACAAGAAGCAGUUCCAUGUCAGUGACGAUAAUCAGAGCAUCAAGGGUAAAGUCAUGGUACGUAACUUGGCCUUGGACAAAUUUGUGUCCAUUCGCUAUACUUUCAAUGGGUGGACCACAGUGCAGGAUGUGGAUGCUACGUUUUUCGGCCCUUACUUGAAGAAUACAGCGUUUGAUAUCUAUGAAUUCGCCAUGGACUUGGGUUAUGGACAGCUGGCAGAUCGUGGUGAAAUGCGUGGAAAGCUGGAAUUUGCAGUGAGAUUCACCGCAGGCGAGACGGAUUACCACGAUAACAACAAUGGCCAGAAUUAUCAAAUCAAGGUGAUCAGUGAUCCGUUGAAUGAUCCUUGGGCCCACGAGAGACCUCAAAAGGCAACUGCUGCUACUGCGAAAACAACACAGGACGAAGAUGAGUAUCCCGAUGACGAUGAUGAGGAACAAGAAGAGGAAUUGGAAGAGGGACAAUGGGAGGAAAAGGAAAAGCAUAGUCAGUUCACAAACGCACUCAAGGGAUACAAGCAUGCCAAACCAUUUCAUCUCAACAAACGUCAACCUUGGCUUGGCACUCGCUAUGAUUUUGGCCAAUCGCUUUCCCUGGCUAAACGAGCGCCUUAUGAGUCCUGGGCAACUACUGUCAAGGCAAACCCAACCCUCAUUACAGAUUACUUUUUGGUGAAGCCCAUUUCCAUCAAGCCAGUAUCGCCAUCACCAUCCAACAGCACAACAACAACAACAACAACAACUGCUACUGCCAGUGAUACAACGGCCACCAGCAAGUCAAGCACACCAUCCGAUACUCCAUCAUUUACCUCAUAUUCCGUCAACAGUACUAUCAAUACUAAAAACAUUGUCAGUUCACCACCUUCGUAUUUCAACGCAUCUCGACGCAGUUCUAGUACACCUGCCAUGACAACCAUAUCAGCACCCUCUUAUUCCAAACCUGUGUACAUGACCUCAACAUCCGCACCACCUAGUCCAAAGGCGUCACCUACUAUGCCUACUGCCACUCUCAGUCGACCACCUCUCCAUCAUCAUUCCAACAGUAUGUCAGCAGCCAUGUCAUUUGCAUCCACCGUAUCAUCACCCUUGGAUAUCAAUUCAAGUUAUUACAUGGAUUUGGUCAACAAGUAUUGCUUUUAUACAGGCGAAACUGAUUUAGAGAAUCAGCAGCAGCAACAACAACACUCUCCAUUCCCCAUUAGUAGUAUAUAA